GUUAGGGGUUGUGCUUGUCGAACCAUUGAUUGCACUGUUGUGUUUCCUUUUCAGUCUUUCACUACGUAGUGACGAAGCGGUGUUUUGUUUAAUAAACGAUUGGAAUCAAGUCACUGCCGUGUUUACAACUCUUUGCUUCAUUUUCAGCAACAAAGAGGAGGAGUUUCUAACAUGUUUUCCUUUAAUAUGUUUGACCACCCCCUUCCAAGGGCAUUCCAGAGUCGUUUCUCUACCCAGUACCGCUGCUAUUCAGUGUCUAUGUUAGCAGGACCUAAUGACCGUUCUGAUGUGGAAAAGGGAGGCAAAAUUAUAAUGCCUCCAAGUGCUCUAGAUCAGCUCAGUCGACUUAACAUUACAUAUCCAAUGCUAUUUAAACUGACCAAUAAAAAUUCAGACCGGAUGACACACUGUGGUGUUUUGGAGUUUGUGGCAGAUGAGGGAAUAUGCUACCUUCCCCACUGGAUGAUGCAGAAUUUGCUUUUAGAAGAAGGCGGUCUUGUUCAGGUUGAAAGUGUGAACCUUAUGGUUGCAACUUACUCCAAAUUCCAGCCACAGAGUCCGGAUUUCCUUGAUAUAACUAAUCCCAAAGCAGUGUUAGAAAAUGCUUUAAGGAAUUUUGCAUGUUUGACAACAGGAGAUGUUAUUGCAAUCAACUACAAUGAAAAAAUAUAUGAACUUCGAGUGAUGGAGACCAAACCUGACAAGGCUGUUUCCAUUAUCGAGUGUGACAUGAAUGUGGAUUUUGAUGCACCAUUGGGAUAUAAAGAACCAGAGAGAAAACAAUACCAACAUGAGGAGUCCCCAGAAGAGGAGGCAGAUCACAGCAGCUAUGCGGAUGUGGAUAUGGGAUUCAGAGCAUUCACAGGCUCAGGAAAUCGACUUGAUGGAAAGAAAAAAGGAAUUGAACCCAGUCCAGCACCACUAGAUCCCAGUGAUAUAAAAAGAGGUAUUCCUAAUUACGAAUUCAAAAUUGGAAAAAUCACUUUCAUCAGGAAUUCUCGGCCUCAGCCUAAGAAAUUGGAAGAUGAGGAUACAGUAAGCCGAUUUAUCGCCUUUUCAGGUGAAGGCCAGUCGCUACGAAAGAAAGGAAGAAAGCCCUAAGUGAACCAGGGCCAAACUACUCUAAACAGAAUGGCUUGAGUUAUUGUACAUCAUGUCAAAGCCUACAGAUGGUUUAAAAACCAAAGCCAUUCUACUUCUCUACAAAGAGAGUACAUUUCUUCUUUUGAUGGCUGUGUCUGUAGUAAAAAUGAGAGCUGGAGUUGCUCUUUUUGUAUUUGGCCUGUAUUUUGAAAUGAACUGACUUGCAAUUGAGGGGCUGUUUCAGAGGACUUUAUUUAGGAAUAAUUCUGUGAUCUUUUUUCAUAAUUUAAUUAUUCUGUAGUUUAAGGAAAAUAGAUCACAAAAUGUCAAAUGUGUUUUUCUUGAUACUAAAAGGGUAAGUACAGUAUUUUUCAAGCCUAAGUUAUUUGUUGUAGUUAUGGUUUAUAUUCAUUUGCCACAUGUAGUUCUCUAAAGUAAAGCAUUUUUAUAAACUUUAAAAAACAAAAAAAAAAAAGUUCCUGUUCUUGCUGUUUUGAAAUGGGUUUCACGUGGCACCAGUGCAAACAUGAAAGCAAAAUCCUUAAAACUUUGCAAAUGCAUUCAUUUUUCACGCCAGGAGUGUUAUUGAGUGUAUGUUUGCAUGUUGAGAUUGCACAUAUAUUGUUUAAAAAAAGAAAAAAAAAGUUUCUGUCUCAUUUAAGGAAGGAAAGAAAACGCAGAACAUUUUUGUGCUUUAUUUUAUUUUAUACAGUUGUAAUAGUUUUCCACCAUUUUAAAGAAAAACUCGCCUCACUGUUCCACUCCAUUUGCAACAGACAACCCGUCCAGUCCUAGAUACUGAAUCCUUUUACAUAUUGAAAAACAUUGUACUUACUUGAUUUCUUAUUAUUAUCUUCGGCAAGAGUAACUUGGAAAAAAUGAAGAGAACUGCUAGUAAUGUAUACUAAAGGUACCUGAUUUGGCGUUCAUUGAAAGGUUUUUGUUGAGCUGUUUUUCUUUGCAAUUUAAACUUCUAUAUGCUUAGUGGAGUUGUAUUGCUUAAAAUUGCUGUGGAAAUGGUAAUGAGGUUAGUGUAUUGCUGCUGCUUGUAAUUUAAUAAAUCUAAAGAUACUAUAA